AUGAUGAAAAGUGGGGAUGGUGAAGAUAUUGGUGGAUUACAAGAACAUAUUCAUGUUGCCACCCAGGGGGUUGCUGAUCUGAGAUUUGAGGAAGAAGAUGAAGAAGAUACUUAUUAUACUAAGGAUCUUCCCGAACAUGCUUGCAGGUAUUGUGGAAUUCAUGAUCCUAACUGUGUUGUGAUGUGUAAUACAACAAAGAAAUGGUUUUGCAAUGGCCGUGGAAAUACUUCAGGAAGUCAUAUUGUGAAUCAUCUGGUGAGAGCCAAAUGCAAGGAGGUCACUCUUCAUCGUGAUGGUCAGCUCGGUGAUUCUGUGUUGGAAUGUUAUAAUUGUGGAUGUCGCAAUGUGUUUCUUCUUGGAUUCAUACCUGCCAAAGCAGAUUCUGUUGUUGUUCUUUUGUGCAGGCAACCAUGUGCGAAUCAGAGUAGCCUGAAAGAUAUGAAUUGGGAUGCAUCUCAGUGGCAACCUUUGAUUCAAGAUCGUUGUUUUUUGUCUUGGCUGGUCAAAAUUCCUUCUGAUGAGGAACAGAUGAGAGCAAGACAAAUCACUGCUCAGCAGAUCAAUAAAUUGGAAGAAUUAUGGAAGGAAAAUUCUGAUGCAACACUCGAAGAUUUAGAAAAACCAGGAGUGGAUGAGGAGCCACAAGCUGUUUUAUUGAGAUAUGAAGAUGCCUACCAGUAUCAAAAUAUCUUUGGGCCUCUCGUCAAAUUGGAAGCUGAUUACGAUCGCAGACUGAAAGAAUCUCAAACGCAAGGAAACAUCACCGUUAGAUGGGAUGUUGGCUUAAACAAGAAACGUCUUGCUUAUUUUCAGUUGCCAAAGACUGACAGUGACAUGAAGCUGAUGCAAGGAGAUGAAAUAAGCUUGAGACAUAUGGGUUCGAACUGGGAAGGCAAAGGACAUGUUGUAAAAGUACCAGAUAAUUUUGGUGAUGAGAUUGGAAUGGAAUUGAGAUCUGCUGCGAGUGCACCACUAGAGAAUACCAGAGGAUUUCAAGUUGAUUUUGUUUGGAAAUCUACUUCUUUUGAUAGGAUGCAGAGUUCCAUGAAAACCUUCGCUGUGGAUGAAGCAUCUGUUUCAGCUUACAUUUAUCAUCGAUUGCUAGGACAUGAAGUAGAUGAACAAACAUUGAAAAUUAAUCUUCCCAAACGUUUCUCUGCACCUGGUCUACCUGAGCUGAAUCAUUCUCAGGUGUAUGCUGUCAAAACUGUUCUGCAACGUCCGCUCUGUCUGAUCCAAGGACCACCUGGUACUGGGAAAACAGUGACGAGUGCUACCAUCGUCUAUCAUCUUGUGAAAAGCUGUAACCAGGGGCAAGUUCUUGUUUGCGCUCCGAGCAACAUUGCUGUUGACCAACUGACUGAGAAGAUUCACAGAACUGGGUUGAAGGUUGUGCGUCUUUGUGCAAAAAGUCGUGAAGCUAUUGAUUCUAACGUUUCAUUCUUGUCUCUGCAUAAUCAAGUCAGAAGCAUGGAUAGCUUGCCUGAACUGCAAAAGCUUCAGCAGCUGAAAGACGAAACUGGUGAAUUGUCUUCUAAUGAUGAGAAAAGAUAUCGAGCAUUGAAACGCAAUGCAGAACGUGAAUUACUCCAGAAUGCGGAUGUUAUAUGUUGUACUUGUGUUGGAGCUGGCGAUCCUCGUCUUGUGAAGUUUCGUUUCAGAUCUAUAUUGAUUGAUGAAAGCACUCAAGCAACUGAACCUGAGUGUAUGGUACCUGUUGUUCUUGGGCCAAGUCAGCUCAUCUUAGUUGGUGAUCAUUGUCAGUUGGGACCUGUUGUCAUGUGUAAGAAAGCAGCAAAUGCAGGAUUGGCUCAAUCUCUUUUCGAGAGAUUGGUUGUACUUGGCAUUAGACCUAUAAGAUUGCAGGUACAAUACAGAAUGCAUCCAGCUCUCUCUGCUUUCCCAUCCAACAUCUUUUAUGAAGGUUCUCUCCAGAAUGGUGUCACUGCUGGUAAGACAUUCAUUGACAUUGAUUUUUCUUGGCCUUCUCCUGACAAACCAAUGUUCUUCUAUAAGACUUCAGGACAAGAAGAAAUUGCAAGCUCUGGAACAUCCUACUUGAACAGAACCGAAGCUGUCGUUGUAGAACGGAUCACAACCAAGUUCUUAAAAUCUGGAAUCAAGCCUGAACAGAUUGGUAUAAUUACUCCAUAUGAAGGGCAACGUUCAUAUUUGGUUCAAUACAUGCAGUAUUCUGGAUCUCUACAUUCCAAGUUGUACAUGGAAGUUGAAGUGGCAAGUGUUGAUGCUUUUCAAGGUCGCGAGAAAGAUUUUAUUCUUUCCUGUGUGAGAGCCAAUGAACAUCAGGGAAUUGGAUUUUUGAAUGAUCCUCGUCGUCUCAAUGUAGCUUUGACAAGAGCCAGGUAA